AUGGUCAGCAGCAGAAGGUCAGCUCGAAAGUCUCGUUCGACAGGAUAUUCAGGUUACAAUGAUCCUUAUGAAGAGGAUUAUGGUAGGCUUUCAAGAUCGUCGCGACGUAGCGCGAGAACUGACGAGGAACAAGAACCAUUCGAAGAGGAAGAAUUUGAUGAGAAUGACUCAAGUAAUGGAGAAGUGACCCGUUGUAUUUGUGGAAACCAGGAACUUCGACUUGAUCCAAACGAUAAAUAUUAUAAUGAUGAGCAAGUAUUGGGGUUGUUUAUUCAGUGCGAUAAGUGCAAUGUAUGGCAGCAUGGUUACUGUGUUUCUAUUUAUGAAGAUAAACAAGUUCCCGAAAAGUAUUGGUGUGAGCGGUGUCGCCCAGACUUGCAUACUAUUGCGGUGGGUAGCAAUGGGACAUUUUCAAGGUAUAUUCCUGUUCAACCCAAAAAGCUGAAUAGUACUGCCACUGGCAACAAUAAUGGAGUCACCAAGAAGAAACCCCGUCCGGUUAGAGCCACCAGAGCUAGUGGGGCCGAAAAUUUGGAGCUUGAUUUGAAGCUGCCAACGAGCAAGCAUGGAAGAACCACUAUGAACUCGAAUGAUGGAUUAUUGGCGAAGGUUUUACGGGAAUCGGCUAAAGAAUUUAAAACUAAAGGCACAGGCUCUGAUGAUAGUGCAGGGGAGGAAAUCGAAGGGGAGUUACAAGGGGGGGCAGAUGGUCUAGAAAAAGAACAUAGAACGAAAAAGUCUAGGAAAGGCAGUCCUGAUAAUCUAAACGAAAUGCCGGUGAAGCUGGAGAUUGCUGAUGAAGUUGAUGAAAAAAAGAAGCUUGAUGAAUUUGAGGAGCCAAAUGACAACAAUGAAGACACAAAUUUUCACUCUCCUAGAAAAAACGACCAAGAGCCACAUUCACUGAAAAGAAGAUCGGAUGAUCAAACAGAUGAUCAUGGCGCUUCCAGAGGUACAACUCAUAAUCCAACCGCUCUAAAACCACCAAGAAAGAAAAAAGCUAAGUCAUCAUCAACAUCCCAAAGCUUCUCGUCAACGCAGAGAAGGUCAACGAAAGGCGCAAAUAAGGAUAGUACUAUUAAUGGUGGAACUAAUGGAUCAAACUCGAUAUUGUUGAAUUCCGAUAAGCCUAUUGAACCAAGAAUACCACCACCGAAAAUAUCCUUACAUGAGAUGAGAAAAAGAAUCACAGCAAUUUCUGAGUUUAUCUAUUAUGUUUCUGUUGAUUUGACUGAAGAGGAGAAAUCGUAUCAGAAACUACUAGAUACCUUUCAGCAGAAAGCCUUUGGCAGCUCUACAUCUAAUAGUGCCAACACCAGCCUCAAUACGUCUUUAGAUGAGGAUGAUUCCCAAGAAGAGGAAAAAUUUAUCAAGAACUUUCAGGCGCUAUUUGAGAGUAAUCAAAAUGGGUCGUUAGAGAUGAUCGAACAAUUGCGAAAUAAGAUCGGAGAAUGGGAGGAAAAUUUUGGAUCAUAUGAGGCUUAG